ACAGCAGCACUCGUGGCCUGCUGCUGGCAAGCGCAGGCUAUUGCUGCCGCCGCAACGUGAUCGGCCAGCCGUGCGUUUAUCAGGCGCGGCUAGCGCGCCCAUAUCGCUGGACGCGGUGCGCGCGGCUUCGUACCGCUGUGGGCCCAGACUGAACGCCGCUGGCGUUGGGCGCCCCUCGCGCUACCCACUCACGCACAGCGGCUACCCCGAACGCCGGUGUUGAGCUCCGCACGUGGACGCUACCGCAGCCGUGUUGACAUCGCAGCCGCCGCGUCGUCCUCAGGGAUUACCGCCGCCGUGACCGAGGAGGAAGGCCUCCGAAGCGUCAAGCCGCGGCCAGGUGAGGCCGAGGAGCAGUUUGGCUAUAGACCCUGAUGUGUCAAGUCCCGCAGAAAACUCGACCCAGCUCGUGGCCUGCCAUGGGUGAACGUUUAACAUGAGGAGUUCCUCCUGGUGCCUGUGGAUCUUGGUGGCCUUCCUGAGCGCGCCGAGCCCGCCCGGAGAGUGCCGCUAUGUCUCCAUCACUGACCCCAGCCAGCAGGAGAACUGCUACAAGAAGGGAGUUGAACAGCCCGAGCCGGCACCCCGCAUCAUGUACGUCAACGGCCGUGCGCACAACAUUGUCGUCGAGACGAGCCAGAGGCCCACGCACCGGCUGGUCACGCAUAUGUUCCAUAUUUUGGUUACCGAACUGCUGGGCUACCGGGACGUAGUCAUCCGACCAACAAGCAGCAUCGACCCAGAGUCUUCGCUGCAGCGGCUGACCGGAUGCGUUGAUCUCAAUGAUUGCAACGUCCCCAGUGACCACGUUCCUGAGACGAUGAUAAACCUGGAACUCUGGAUGGGACCUUCUUUUGACAUCAAACCAUGGCUGCGAACAGAUCGCAUCACGGACAUUGGUCCUCUGGGUCCUCUCGGACGGUAUGGCUGGUAUGUGUCGAAGCAAACGGCCCAAGAAUUCUGGAGCAAGUACAACAUGGUGCUUGACCAUUGGCGCUCGUACCGCUCGGCCAACAUGACGUCCCAGCUGGACCUGCUCCACGACGACAAGCUACAGGAUCAUCUGUCCAGAGGCGGCUACCUCUGCAACUUCACUGGCUGCCGCAACGGCGUCUAUCGGUCUCCGUUGUGCGACCCGCUCAGGGAUGGCCGGGGAGUGCCUUGCGCCACGCUCAUCGCAGACUUCCCAGAAAGCACAUACGCCUUGCUGAAGCACCAGAUCGAGACGCUCAAGCUUCGUGUGAACGUGGUUUGGAUCGGCAAGCAUUUAGACACCUAUGUCAAUAAGCUUCUAGAGCGCAAACAGCCGGUGAUAUUUUUCAACUGGAGGCCCAGUUCCUUGACGUUCAGCAACCACGAUCUCGCGCGCAUCGCUUUUCCUCAUUGCGAGGACCGUGCCCUGCAGGGAAAUCUCGACACGUCAAACUGUCUCUUCGAAGUCAACAACAUGGAACGGGCAACGUGGUCGAAGCUGAAGGACACCGCGCCAGACGUUUAUCAGCUGGUGGAGAAGAUGACCUUCACACAGCAGGAGUACGAAAAGCUUCUCAACUUUUACCAGAGCAAGAGGCCGCAGCAGAAGAGCUUCCACCAGAUUGCGUGCCACUUUCUACUCGAUAACGAGGUCCUACUGCACCAGUUCUCGGUACGGGUCGCCGACAAGCCCAUGCUCCAUAUCGGUGGUAUCUUUCCCAUGUCCGGCAUCUACAAUCGCGUGGGUGGCGUGCUUACAGCGGCACGCAUGGCUAUGGAUAGCAUUAAUCGAAACGAGAAUAUUCUCAAGGACUUCAAACUUGUGAUCCUCGAAGAGGAUGGUCAGUGUGCGCAGGACGUGGUCAUGAAGCGCUACAUCAACUACGUCACCAACUCCACCUACAAGACCUUGAUCGGCAUCUUGGGGCCUGCCUGCACCGAGACGCUGGAGCCGAUCGUGGGCGUGGCGCAGCACUACAACACGCCCAUCAUUAGCUACAGCGCCGAAGGGGCCCUCUUCUCCAAGCGCGAAAAGUACCCCUACUUCUUCCGCACGAUCCCUGAGAACCAUAUCUACAGGUUUGUGUACCUAAAGCUGCUACAAGCUCUGCAGUGGCGGCGCCUGGCAGCGCUCACCGAGGACGGCCACAAGUACAGCGAGUACCUGAACCUGUUGCACGACGACAUGCAAAAGCUGGGCCUCAACUUCGUCACCAACCGCAAGUUUCCCCACGACCACGGCACGCACAAUGGCACGCACAGGUCUCAAGACAUGUCCCAGUACCUGGCCGACCUCAAAACCCGCAAUGCGCGCAUCAUCAUCGGCGGCUUCGAUGAAGACGCCGCCCGCGCCAUCAUGUGCGAGGCCUACAGGCAGGGCAUGACGGGAAGAGACGGUUACCAGUGGUUUCUACCGACGUGGCUGAGCCAGCAAGAACAGCGCCAUCGGGAGUGGUAUAACACCGAGUACUACAAUCAGCACUUCAACGAAAGCGUGAACUGCACUGUUGGUGAGAUGAAGGUGGCCAUCGACGGUUACAUGAGCCUGCACCCAAAGGCGUAUGCUGACGACAACGCCACCAUGCAAGACAACAAGACUGUCGCUUUCUGGAAGGCGACUUACAAGCAGAUUGCUACAGGUCAGGGCAGAGAAGACAGUGACUACGGGGGCUACGCGUACGAUGCGGUGUGGGUGUUUGCCCUGGCUGUUGAUGCGCUGUUCAAGAAGAACCACAGCUACACGUCCUCCAUUCAUGAAGACUCAACGUUUAAGGAACUGAUCCGGCUGAUCAACGCAACCGACUUCCACGGCGUGACAGGCCACGUCCGCUUCUAUCGCUCGAGUCGGCUGACAGAUGUCAUCAUCCGGCAGUGGGUGAACGGCAGCCAGCACCACGUGGGCACGUACAGCCCUGGCGUCGGUGACGAGGGCGACCGGCUGGCUCUAGGGCCGACGGAAUCGCUGAGCGCCAUCCACUGGCCCGCCGGCCGAAAUCAGGGCGACGGCGGUGAAGACCCUGUGCUAUGCCCACUCGAAGGGCUGCGCCGUCUGCUCAACACCAGCUGUGACUUGGCCAUUGUUGUCGCCAACGUCAUCGGGCUGAGUCUGUUCGCGUUGCUCAUGAUCGGUGGUUGCGUCGUCUUCAAGAGAAGGUACGAAGAAAAAGUAAAGCAAACAGAGGCGCGCAUGCGAGAGCUGGGACUACUGACGUCGAACCACCUGCCGUCCCUGGACGGGUGGGAAAUGCCACGGGACCACAUAGUGAUCAACCGCAAGUUGGGUGAAGGCGCCUUCGGCACUGUGUACGGUGGGGAGGCGCUAGUGACAGACCAAUGCUGGCAAGCCGUGGCUGUCAAGACGCUUAAGGUCGGUGCCAUCAUCGAAGAGAAGCAAUCACUUCGUGCAAACUGCAAAGCCGCGCGCUACUCGCAGCUGGACUUCCUGAGCGAGGCGGAGAUGAUGAAGCGUUUCGACCACAAGAACAUCGUGCGGCUGCUGGGCGUGUGCACGACGGGCGAGCCCGUGUACACGGUAAUGGAGUUCAUGCUGUAUGGCGACCUGAAGACGUACCUGCUUGCCCGCCGUCACUUGGUUAAGGAGAACGAGCGCCACAAGUCCGAGGAAGUGUCAGACCGCUGCCUGACGGCCAUGGCUCUGGACGUGGCGCGCGGGUUGAGCUACCUUGCCGACCUGAAGUACGUACACCGCGACUUGGCCUGCCGCAACUGCCUCGUCAACGCCGGCCGCACUGUCAAGAUUGGCGACUUCGGCAUGUGCCGACCUAUGUACGACUCGGAUUACUACCGCUUCAACAAGCGCGGGAUGCUUCCCGUGCGGUGGAUGGCACCCGAGAGCCUCAACGACGGCAUCUUCACUACCAUGUCUGACGUCUGGAGCUACGGCGUGCUUCUUUACGAGAUCAUCACGUUUGCCAGUUUCCCGUACCAGGGACUCUCUAACAACCAGGUCCUCGAGUACGUCAAGGGGUACAACACCCUACCCGUGCCCAACGGCUGCAAGCCUGAGCUGGAGGCGCUUCUGCUGCGCUGCUGGGCGCGCAGCCCGUCGCAGAGGCCCACGGCGUGCGAGAUCGUCGAGAUCCUGGCUAACGACAGCAAGCUCAUCUCCCCUUGCCUGGACCUGCCUCCCGCCAGCGUCCAGGUGGAGGGCACCGACUCGCUCGAGCUGACCGCCAUCGGCGACCGCGGCCGCCUGCACUCCAUCUCGUCGCUGGCCCGGCGCGUGGAGUCCGUGGAACGGUCUGCUGCCGUGGUGGUGGGCCAGCAGCCGCAACAGCCGGGUUCCCCAGUUCCACCGCCGCGCAACCAGUACGUCACUCUCCGCCAGCUCAGUCGCACCAGCAGGCUGGAAGCCGUCGGCUGCAACAUGACGCCGCUCCCGGCGUAUCUUAUCCAUCCUGAACUGCGCCCUAGCGUUGCCAACCACCAGCAAACGCAUGAGCCGCCCAAGACGAUAUCUCCGCUGCUGGGAAGCUUGCGGAAAACACCGAGGUUCUUGUACUCGUCGCGCCUGGCAACCACGACGCUGACCUAGCGGCUUCCCGUUCCGGCGGCACAGCAGUCAGGGGUGCACGUGCGCGACCACGCCGCCUGUUCCGAGCUCUGCCGCACUACUGCGCCUAUGGACGCAUGCCAGUGGCAGGAACCCGUCGCGUGGCCGCAUCGGUUGGCGACGGUGCGCUCUAGUCCUACAUCGCGAUGUGCGAGAACAUGAUCACCCAUUACGUGUGCGUGCGCGGUUUUCCAAGUGUGCGAACUGAACCAAGCAACAGAACCAGGCGCACACGCAUGCACCUAUUGUACAGCAGUCGCAGUCACCGUCCAUUUUUCGUUUUGAACCCCGCAGCGUCUGGGGUCCGGUUUUAGCUGAGCGCACCACGAAUAGUCCCGACUCACCUGUCGGCGUGCCUUCGACUUCUGUGGUGCUCAGGCUCGGUCACCCGGAUGCUGCGUUAAUUUAUUACUUUUGUGCAUACUUUGUUCGCUCCUGCUCAGAGACGAAAGUACACAUCCCUCUACGGUAGAAUACGUGGAAAUAAGUUUGUUUGUUUUUUGUAUUUUUCUUUCUUUUUUUUUGUUCCAUAACGUUAUAAAAAAUGUAAUUAUUUCUGUUGUACAUAUUAUACCUUCAUGCAGUGUGUGCUCUCGUUGAGCGUGAAAUGUUUGAAGGAACUGUUAUUCCGCAUUGCUUCACUUGUGAAAUAAAUUACGCUCAUACUACUGAGAAUGUGGAUUUAUAGUUGGAAUGCGCUUUUAUCAAGCGUAAGUUUGUUGAGUUCCCUUUCAAGUGGUCAAGGAACAUUACGCACACUUUCUUACGGGAUGCCUCCAAGAUACAUUCAAUAAACGUUCGAGCCCUUUGCAGAUAUUAAUAUGGUCACA